UAUGAUAAACAAUGUAAGUUGGUAUAUUUUCUGCUUGAACGUUAUAAACACUUAAUAGUUUCGAAAAUAACAACUUGUGACAGUCAGAUACUCUCCAAAAUAAUGGAUAGAUAAACAGGUCAACCGAUCCCAAGUUCCCAUUCUCAUCACUGAUCGGAAGUGACUCUUAUGAACCAGACAAGAUGAAAGUUGGUAACUUUAGUAUUGAAGAGGCAAUCCCACGCUCUCUAACAGCAGAAGAAUGUAUCUCGAAAUAUAAAGACAAACAUCCAACAGAUGAGUUAUACUGCAAUGCCAUCUGGGACGACUUUUACUGUUGGCCACCAACCCCAGCUGGCCAGGUGGUUUCAAGAACGUGUUCUGAGAUUUUCGAAACCCUCCAUCUUCAAGUAGAUGCCGAAUCAAAUGGCGCCAAAGCCUACAGAGUAUGCGAAGAAGACGCUUCGUGGCUACGGGGAAAUUGGACUAAUUACACGGCGUGUAUCGUAUUAAUAAGAGAGGAUUCGAUAGCAGCGCCCCUGGCGGUAAGCUAUAUCCUCUUCAUCUGUUCAGUCUUGUCGCUUAUAGCUCUUAUCAUCACCCUCUUCAUCUUUUGUUAUUUCAAAUCCCUGCAUUGUCAGAGGCUAAAAGUUCAUCAGAAUUUGGUUGUUGCCUUAAUUAUUCACUCUAUCCUGCUCAUCCUAAUCUCAUCUCCAGUUGUUACAGGCGAUGAAGUGGCUCCACAUAUAUACAUCGGUUGGUUGUGUAAAACCAUUUUGUCCUUAAAGAUGUACGCUGCUAUGGCCAGCAUCAACUGGAUGUUUGUAGAAGGUUUGUUGCUGCACAGUCGAAUUACAGUGUCCACAUUUCAGCAAGAAGCCCCCUUCAAGAUCUACUACUUGAUUGGAUGGGGUUUGCCGUCAGUUUUCAUACUUACCUGGUGUCUCCUGAUGUCACGUGACCUAAAUUCUUCAUGCUGGAAAGGCUACGGAGACUCGAACUUUGUGUGGAUUCUCAAUGGCCCAAUGUUGAUUGCUCUUUCGGUCAACACAUUCUUUCUGGUGAAUAUAAUCAGGAUCCUGGUGACAAAACUCCGAGCUAGCGCUUCGGCAGAAACGGCCCAAGUGAGAAAGGCCAUUAAAGCUACAGCCCUAUUAUUCCCAUUACUGGGUGUAACCCAUCUUCUGUUUGCUAUCAACCCUGGCGAUGAAUUGGAGACAACCUAUAUGAUAACAAAUGCUGUUUUCCAAUCUUCUCAAGGUUUGUUCUUAGCCGUUCUGUAUUGCUUUACCAAUUCAGAGGUACAAGCAGCAUUACGAAAUGCCUAUCUACGUUCGCAAAUACAAAGCUCCACACGCCGAAGCUCCUCUAAUUCACGAACUGCGUCCAACGUAAACAGUGAAGCAAUUGCUGAAGCUUCGUGCAAUAAGAAGUUACUUUCAAAGAAGUGCAUUCUACCACUUCAUGAUUGUCAAGAAACUGAAAACUCUGUUACCAGUGAGGAUAACAGUAGAGAAAAAUCAGAUCACAAUCGCCCGUUCGUCGGCUAAAUUU